AUCCCGUACGCCGCCCCUCCUGUCGGCGACCUGCGCUUCAAGGCCCCUCGUGCCCUCGCGACGCAGAACAGCACGGUGCAAGAUGUGUCGGCCGACUUUGACGGCCACAUCACGGCGUGCGUCCAGUUCGGCACGACCUCGUUCGUCGGCGUCAACGCCUCGCCCGGCACUGAAGACUGCCUCAAGCUGUGGAUCUGGGCGCCGGCAGGGGCCAAGAAGGGCGACAAGCUCCCCGUGCACGUCUACACACACGGCGGCGGCAUGCAGAACUCGCAGUCGCCCAACAACGACUUCUCCGACUGGGUCGGCCAGGACAAGGGCUUCAUCGCCGUCAACGCCAACUAUCGCCUCGGCCUGCUCGGCAACUGGAACAGCAUGGGCUCGCGGUACGAGGGCGAGCCGGGCAACCUCGGCCUGCUCGACGGCCGCUUCGCCGUCGACUGGGUCCGCGAGAACAUCGCCGUGCGUUGA